AACGAGCUAACUGGAACUGUCAAAAGUUACUCUUCUGAUUGCAACCUCACCCAAAUCGUGUUCGGCGGAUCCCAUUAGGAUUUCAACUUGGUGUAGCGCCACCGUCAGGCCCCGUCAAUGCAAUGGAAUAUUCUCGUAAUUAAUUGAACGCAACUUGACCGAGCAAUAUUCAGUUGCAACUGUACGAGUGGUUAUGGACCACGAUGUUGACGACGAUACCCUGCGCAAUCUGGAAGCGGGUCUAUAUCCUCAACGACACCAUACCCGAGAUACGUCUCGCUCUGACUCUUGGUUAACUAAUAUGAAGAACAGCUUUAUGCGACCCGCCCUUGGCAUUUUUCAAAAUCAAAUUUCAAGUCACCAGCAUGGUGUACCAGGCUACUCAAACAACCGCUCCAUCAUGCGCGCGAACGACGAAGACCUGACCGGGAUGAAAAUCAUGUUCCAAAUGGAUUACUUUCCGACCAACUUUGUCACUAAGGAUUGCAGCAAACAGACUGGAGUGUCUUGUGUCUCCCCCAGCAAUACUACGCCCCCUACUCAUUCUUGUUCUGAACCACCUAUCGUGUCGUUACCAUCUGCGGCAUCAAGCAAUACCCCUCCGCUCACUCCAGAUUGUUCCAUUGGUAUCCUGCAUUCCACGUCACUAGAGAUCGCCAAUACCCAGUCCGGCCUCUCGCUUCCUUUGCAUAUAUCUCGCAAGAGUCCUACACCUCCCCUAGCACCUGAGCAUAGAUGCUCUAUCAAUGAAGGGAAAAUGCCAGAGCGCCCUCAGUGUUUCGACGGUCUUAUAGCUGAUAUCACCUUUGAUUCACUGCAAGAUGCCCAGCCACCGUGGCUAGAUGAAGAAUUCGAGGAAUGGUACUGGCUUGACUAUGCGCUGAAACUCAGCCGAGAUGGUCGUUGCUCCUCUGAAAGCGAUCACCGUGCAGCCGGAGAGUCAUGCAAGACGAAGAACGAUACCGCUGGAGACGAAAGCAUAGAAGUUGAGGCAGAAAAGAUGCGCGCCAGAGAAUAUUCCGGCCUCCUUCCAAAGUCAUAUGAUCUUGCUUGGGUAGAUGCCGGCGGGCUUCAAGUCAGUACACGGUAGCGGGUGCGUCCGGUUCGGUAGUUAAUGAUAUGACUACAGCAAUGGACUCGGAUGAAGCUACUACUAGGGCGAUCCCGUUCGUCUGACUGAACUGAAGGCCUGCACGUAUGACUCGGACUACGGAACAGUUUUGUGGAAUAAGUCAAUGCGGAUUACUGAUUCUGUGAUCGCCGCUGAUUGGAUAUCUAUGAAAUGGACGGUCGUGCGUGAGCGCCACAUAAAGUGGAGAGUAUAUGCACGGUCUACGCGAUGCAUCAAAGAGCUGGGGGGCAUGUUAUGCUUACUCUGGGUAUAGUUUUGGAAGGUCGUUUAAGGGAUAGGCUUUAUGAUGGUAUCUACGAGGACCUUGUUAAUUCCAGUAAUGACUCGG